AUGCGGUCUCAGAUCCUAGAAACCAUUGCUGCUCUAGAUGCAGUUAAGCCUGAGGCCUUUGGCGGAAACGAAGUGGAACGCCUACAAGUGCGCGCUGCAGCCCGUCGACUGCUUGCUCGAGUGGAAACGCCCUAUGAGCGCGCCUGGGGCUUCUGCUUUGAACACCCUGUUGUCUUUGCCGCUCUGCAAACAUGCAUUAACGUGGGUCUUUGGAAGUCCUGGACAAGUGCUGGAGGGGGUGAGAAGACUAUCCACGAGUUGGUAGAGUUCACCACCCCCACCGUUGAUACAAACCUGCUGCGUCGGCUCUUCCGCUUGCUAGCAGCCUUCAACGUAGUUGAGGAAACUGCAGAAGACACAUUCAAACCGACUGCGUUCUCGUACGCUAUCGGUGACGAGAGUACCAAAGUUCGUGCCUCGCUUCAAGCAGCAACAUAUCAAUAUAUUGCGGCUGGCCAUAACUUGCCGGCCUAUCUGGCCAAGAUCUCUUAUAAGGAGCCUACGGACGUUGAUCUGAAUAAUUACACGGGCGUUGAUCCGGACGGCCUUACCUUCUUCGGGCGAUUGCAGAAAAGUCCCGCGUAUUUUGACGCUUUCACCGGCCAUAUGGAAGCCUGGACAGCAUGGAAGACCCCAUGGACUAAGGUUUACGAUACCACCGCCCUACUCGAUGGUGCCAAGCUGGACGAUGGCUCUCCAUUCGUGGUUGAUCUUGGUGGAAACACCGGGACGGACAUAUCCCACGUCCUUGCCAAGCAUCCGGACAUCCCUGCUGGAUCGCUCGUUUUGCAAGACCUUCCCGAGGUGAUUGCCACUGUUCGGCUCGAUGAGAAGAUCACAGCUAUGGCUCAUGACUUUUUCUUCCCCCAGCCUGUGAAAGGUGAGAGACACUCUGGACUAGAAAUGCAGGUGUGCCCUACUGAAACCAGAACCGCAGGGAGCCGUGCUUACUAUCUGCACGCCGUUCUCCAUGACUGGCCAGAUGACAAAGCGAAGCAACUGCUUGUGAACACCAGAAAUGCAAUGGUAAAGGGCUACUCCAAGCUCCUCAUCUACGACAUCGUUCUUCCGCCAAUAGGAGCAAGCAUCAGCCAAACCACAAUGGACGUGGAGAUGAUGUCGUUACUGUCGGCUUCCGAACGGACGCAAGGUGCGUGGGAGAAGCUGUUAACCGAUGCUGGCUUCAAGAUUAUCAACUUUUGGCCUGACCCUCAAGAGUAUGAGAUGAUCAUUGAAGCCGAGGUGGCAUAG